AUGGCUUCGGGAAGCAACUCCAAGAAGGCGACCAAGGGCCGGCAGAAGAUCGAGAUCAAGAAGAGGGAGAACGUCGACGAGCGCCGCGUCACCUUCACCAAACGCCGCACGGGUUUGUUCGACAAGGCCGCCGAGCUCUGCAUACUGUGCGGGGCGGAAGUCGUCAUAAUAACGUUUUCCGAGGGCAAGAAGGCCUUCUGCUUCGGGCAUCCGGGACCCGACAGGAUCCUCCAAGGCUACCUUGAUGGAGCUGCCGGCGUGGAUCCCGCAGGCAGCGGCAACAAUGGCCGUAGAGGAAGAGAAGGGGAAGGCAGUAGCGGUAGCGGCGGCGGCGACGAUGCCUACUUGCAGAAUACACGCGAGUCGAAACAGCGUUAUUUGGAAGCGAUAGAGCGGUUAGAGAAAGAGAAGGCGGAUCUAAAGCUGAUGCAAGGAAGGGGAAGAGCUGACAAUGAAGGGUUCUGGUGGGAGGAGCCAAUUGAACGUAUGGGGUUAGAAGAGCUCGAGUUUUUCCACGAGUCCUUGGAGAAGCUUGCCAGGAGCGUACUGGUGAAGCUCGACCCGGGACGAAGCCAAGACUCUGCGCUCAUGUUGCAACAUGAUGAGGCGACGGACGUCGGAUGGUUGGCACAAGAUCCAUCGUGUUCUUGGCCCUUGCCCUUAGGGAACGAUUCUAGGGGACAAUUCUAG